AAAGACGGUACGCAUCGAAGGAGAAACUUUGUUAUUUGGAAGUUCAGCACCUGGAGGACGACACAUUCAGAGGAAGAGCGUCUGCGGAAAGAGACCAAAAAAAGACGACAAAACACCGCUUCCAACUAUGUAGGCCCUCACGGGCGCCACGAACGAUAACCGUUCGUUGAUAAGAUAGCCAAGUUUCGUAACGUCGCAAGCGCGCAUCAUAAAACAUAGAAACCAGUCUUUUUAUCGAGAAGGGUCUUUUUUCCAUGUCCAUCUUUCCAGACAAACUUGUCUCCGUGCAUGCAACAAGCGAAAAAACCCAGUCGCAUGCCGCAGCCGUCCGUAGCGCUGCCUCACUCCAACUGUUGGUGUAAGACACGCGCAUGUAUGUUUUUUGUUUCUUAAUGAGAAAUCCCGAAGGUACUUUACACAAAAGUUUGUGUUAUUGCAGCUGUGAGAGGCCGCGAAACGAACAAGCUAAUGGAGGACAGUUUCUUGUGCAGCAACACCGUCGAUGCCUGCAAAAAACGAGUAGAUCUCUAUGCAGCUGUGUAUACGCGCCUUUCAAAACAUAGACUCUGGCGGGGGGGGGACACGUGCCAAUAUCGAUGUGUAUUCCAGAAGCCCGCUGUUUCCAGGCAAUUCUGUGUCUAAUGCUUUAGACAGUGUCAGCCGGCCCUUUCUGGCUGACAUCCGUGGGCGACGCGACGAGUCAUACGGCGUGGAUUUGGGAACUCGAAGCGAGUAUUUUCCCAGAAAGAGUUUAAGCGAACUUGUCAAGAUUAGUGCACACCGUUACGGCGCCAACUGGGAGAACUCGUGCCUUUUUUUCGACCGGAGUCUGGUCAGAUCUAGUACGGCGUACUGGACUACGAAAUGAUCUCUGGUACAUUUGAAGGGCGGUGACUGUCUAAAAAAAUAUAGUGCAAAACUGAAGAGCACCACAGGAAAGCGCAGACUCCACUGCGCUAAAUUCCGCCUGACCAUUGCACUCACGUGCAAAAGUGUUUUUUUUUGUCGGGACAGAGAAGAAGUGCCACCACCUGCACUGAGUGCUGUCACCAGGCAAAUAAUGAUUUCCUCACGUACUUUGGAACUGACUGCAUUUCGGUUCUCACACGCAAACGUGUAUUCUAUUCUACCAUGACUUUGCCUCUUUACUGCCUUGUGCAACGGUGAGAGAAGGCAAGGUAGGCAUCCUCUUGAUUGAGGUCCCCUCGCGGUGUCGCCUGAGACAGGGAAGACGCGUAGAGGGUGAAGACGACUCUCCACUUCAUAUACACUUUUUACAAAAUUUUUGGUCUUCCGCCGGAGUCCGCCGGCAUCGAUUUGAAGAUUGGGAAUCUCUGUGAGGAUAAACACUUUCCCGGCAACGGAAGAAACACGGGAGCAGGAAACAGUCUUGAAAGGGAAUGGUCGUCGCCUCUCAGUUUAUCGGAGGCGCAGCGCACCGCAGUAUUCACAUCAUCGGGGGACUCUCCGACGCUGCCUGCUUUUGGCACAAAGUAAAGAACAACUAAAAGACACGAUGCAUGCCUCCAGGAGUGCGUUUAAUGGUGUUAGAAGAAAAAUCUUCCGUUCACUUAACCAAAAGUGCCAAUGCCUCCCACAUGCACGCAAACUCGGCCACUGUUUUCAGUGUCGAAGUCACGCAUGAUAUUUUCCAUCUUACGGACCAGCACUGCAACUUGCGGCAACACGCGUUUCUAAAGGAGGUCGACGUCCGCUGUUCGAAAAAGUAAUUUUCCUGCAGCAGACGCUACCAGUAGACCACGGGCUGACCACUGGCCUUGUUACAGUUGGAUACAUGCUGCAAAUCAGAGUGACCAUUUUACACGCCAGACAGACACGGGAUCUGCAGACGUUUAUGGGCUAAGACUGCUGCAAAAUGCCAACGCAUGCCCAUAACACGAUGAGGCAGGUGAGUUGUUAUUGCACUAGGUUGUACGCUGUCUCACGUAAUGGCACGAAUGAGCAAGAGCAGUUCUCGGAUUUACUGCUACUGCAGUCCCUGCAAGACAAGCCAGAACUCUCGCUUCAGAGUUGGCUGUCGCCAUGAUUAACCACUGCAUGCUGUAAGAGGACUUUCCGAAAUGAUACACGCAGGAAGCCUCGACUCCUCGCCCCGUUCGGAGCACUCUGUGUCGAGUCUGAUUCAAACUUGACAAGCUCUUUUGUCCAAUCUCUUCUCCAUCUGGCACCUUUUCAGCGCGGCCACGUCUCCCUCGCCACUUUUUGACGCAGGACACCAACUGAGCAACCUUUUUCGCUGACCACAGAUGAAAACAAUCCAAAACAUUGUGUGUGCUCUGCAUGGAUCCGAUAGAUAUGGGCAUGCGUUAAAAAAUGGUUUGCCUUGAGAAACUGUUGUCUGAUUGCCAACCCUCACGAUGCAACAGUCUCGGCCUCCACUAGGAGGUAGAAUACAGAAUUAAACGGUGGUCGACAGCGUAAAACAAACUUUAAGAUACUGACAGUCUACCAAAGAAACGCUGUUCACUUGAGUCGCCCUCGCUUCUGAAGAAUUCAGCAUACUAUCACCACAUGCUGAUUUCCCGUGGACAGUUCUCUCCUUCGAGGCCUACUUCGCCGAGACUUGUCAUCGAUGUCGCAGCAAAAUAGACUUUCUGUUAUCUCGUGCUGCGGACCUAUCCUCGAACCUUUCGGCGGGACCUCACCAGUUCCCUUCUUUAUCCAAAGACUCAAGAACAGAAGUUACUGUUUUAUCAAAAUCACAGCGCGUAAAACACCUCGUUUUCCUCUUGUAAGCGAAUCGUGUGACUCAACACAUUCAGCGAAGUCUCGGAAGACGAGAGUAACACCAAACACGACACGACUCACUGGAUACAAGUAAGAUCAAGAAGUUGAGAGCAAUGGCAGCCCGCCUCUUACGUAAGGGAAUCUCUGGUACCUCGCGAGUGCCUACGGCCGUUGCCCCUCCGCGGGGCAGCGGUUGUUGCCCGCCAAUAAAGGAGACUGCAGUUUCAAGGCGGCAUCGAAGGUGAGUUGCGAGUAGACCAUUGGAUGUGAAGACUUUUUUUGAUAUUCGCUCAUCCUUAAUCGUUCUUUUUCAAUGUUUUAUUGGGCAUAGCGUCGAACAGGGAGCAUCUGGCACAGCAUCCUUGCCUAGGUGUUUCUGAGAGUCGAAACCACCGCGUACGGGUCCACCCGGCGCUCCCGUUGCCCGGGGCCAGCUUUCUCAUCCGAGUCAUUGCCGCGAAAUUUUAGCGCGGCUGAUAUUCCCCGCCGUAGGGACCUGACAAUCCCUGUGUAUCAACACUCUCUGCGCUUAUUGUGAAGUUGUCCCGCUACGCAGGGUCGUUUGGCUGGGAGGCCUGCUGCCGACGAACAGCGGGCCGUAACAUGUUUCUAUUGCCUAGCACAGCCCUGCGCGAAGGGAAAAUCGUCGCUGCUCCUUCAGCCACUUGCUGUUGGAAUAGGAUGUGUGCGUGUUCCCGAUCCUUCCUCUCUUUCUAUCAUGUCGCACGUAUUGGUGGCUCUACCGUCCUGCGGAGACCCAAAACCUUGAUCUGCGUAUCGGGGCUCGAGUGUUCCAUUUAGUGUGGGCGGUUUCCAUCUCCUGCGCAUGCGUCAAGUGGGGAGGUUUGAACAAACCCAGGACUUCACCGGAAGUCCUUUCCUCCCGUAGAAAGGUACCCGAAUAUCCCCCCGGAAGGCAGACUGCUGAAGGCAGCUGCUUCAGACCACGAUUUCGGCACCAUGGCAGCGCCUGGCACAGAGCAGGUCACCCACCCAGAGGUAGGUGAGUCUGAGCCCUUCGCCGACGUCGCAGAAAAAAGUUUAGCUAACGAGGCCUUUACGACUUUCCUCAGGAGGUCAAGUUCCAGGCGCAGGAUGCAUCCUAAGCUGGAGGACCUACACACUGUGGUGAGUCCCGAGUCGCUGACUUCGAUCCGACCACGCCCCUUCAAACCUGCCCGUAGUCGAGUGCAGAUUUUGGCGUCAGUCUACGCCCUUAGCGCGGUGAUGCUGGCGGCAACAUUUCUCCUUAUGCUUCGUCUGAGGCAGCAGCCACGACAAGUCGAACUCACGCGGGGCCGGCGGCUGGUGCGCGAGGUCCGCGCCGCUUUCGCGGAGAGCUCCGAAGUCCCAGCCGUUCAAGUGAUGGCGCAAGGUGCAGAGAGCUUAGUCCAGUUUUACGAGGACUUGAAAUCGGGCGCCCCGGACAAGCUUACUCAAGUGGCCGUCGAGACGUACCUCAAUGUCGCCCUGAACGCUCGGAAGAUCGUAAUUAUCGAACAGAAGUUGACAGGGAUUCAACGUGAGAUGACGCAGCUCCUUGCCAAAGCGAAUCCUGCGCUUCUCACGUCCUUGCAGCUCGGAACAACGCCGGAAAGCGAGGCAUCCAGUGAGCAGGCGAGCCAAGAGGCAGAGGGUAUGGACGAUCCGAGAGACUCACUGCAGUACGCACAAUGGAAGGAACACGCCAGCAAACUUUUGCACGAGCUGAAAGGCCUGUAUGCGCAAAAUGCGGAACUCUACACAUGUAUGGCCACUGAACUGUCCAGUGAGGGUUUCAGCAGCUUGGAAAUGUACCUGCAGUUGCAGUAUGCGCUCAGUGUCAGCGCGGUGGAUGCCAUGACCUCUGCGCAAGGCCUGCUACGGAAGACCGGUUACCUGCCCCCGUUCAAGGGAACGGAGGAACUGGCCCGCGAUGUCGCGAAGGCGGCUGCUGAAAGAACGAAAUGGAGUUGGGCGACCCGUCUCUUGAAGAAGUCGGAACCGGAAGGCGCCGUUGCGGUAUCCAACGAGGUGGUCUUUCUGGCUAAAACGGUGGACAAGCUCACUAUGCUGCAGACACGCAGUGCACAGGUCCGAAAGGAAGAGCCCCUCCCAGGGGUUCUCAAAAGCUGGUGGCUGGUCAAUCUGCCCACCACACUCUCGCAAGGCACGAUGUGA